CGGCUGAGAUGUCGGUGAUGAUCUCAUUUCUGUGAUCACAAAACAAUUUUGUCAUUAGAAACUUUCCCCACCACAAGUUUCACAAUAUAAACUGAGUCACACACAAACUCAGAGCUAUAUAACCGCGUGCCAUCCUCACACACUUUCACAGACUUUCAUACACACACUCACACAGACCUAACACAGGACAAGCCUAGACUUGAGUGAACAAAUUAGAACUAGCAGCUUUUUAACAUUAGUUUUUAAACAUGAACAGCAGGAUGGUUUCUAUCUUCGUGCUUCUGUCCUUGAUCACCCUGACUUCAGGAGUGAGUGUAGAGCCACGGUGUCGCUGUAGUGGGGUCGAGAGUCGCCGUAUCGGGAAAAUGAUUGAGAGUGUUGAACUUUUUCCACCGAACCCACAUUGCACACACACUGAGAUCAUAGCUACACUGAAGAGCACCGGGCAGCAGAUCUGUCUGGACCCUAAAGCACCAUGGGUGAUGAAGGUGAUUGAGAAGAUCAUGGCAAACAAUUCUCCCUGAACACUGAAGUCUAACCUGCACUAUGUCGAGCGCGCGCGUGUGUGCAUGUUUAAACAUCUGAAUUAAUCUGUGCUAUUUAUUUCUGUUUUUAUAUAAAUAUUUAUGCCAUUAUUUAUUGUCAUUGUUGAUUUUCUAUUAAAAUUCAUCCUUAAUACA